CAGGAACGAGGCUUCCGCAUCACAGACGUAAGUUGUACGUGAGACUGAAGUUCAGUAUGAUGCUUAAAGUUAUUCUGUUGUUGGCGACUUUCUUAUCUGUGGCUCAUGCAUAUUGCUCGCUUAGCUUUUAUGCUAACAACCGAAGAGGCUCAAAUGUCUUCACAUUCGACGAGGGUCAUAAUGCCACAAUCACUAUGAGGUGUUACGGUAGCUCAUCGAGUAGAGAAAAAUAUUAUGUUUACUGGGCGUCGAACAACGUAAAAUAUAUCGACUAUGGUGUCAGAGUAUACCGCCUUUACUGGGAAGCAUACAGAUUUUAUCACCUAUCUAAAUACUACAACGUAGUAGAUGGUGUAAAAAUCACCGGCUCAGGCGAAUACACAUCCACGGCAAUCAUUCAAUUCGAUUUCGACAGUAUGAACACGACCUUUAACGGAAGCCGUAUCGGGUUGGUAGAUGCGUAUCAUGGUUAUCGGGUAUUGGGAAGCCAAGAAAUCAUUGUUACAUGUUGCAAGACGUCGGAGUUACCUUCAUCUAUGGCACCUGUUGGCACACACGACAAUACAGCAUGUAUGGCCGAUGUUCAAGUGAAUUGCACAUCAGGAAGUUUAUUCAGAAAUAGUCUAACUUAUCUCCCAUCCGUAACAUUAACAUGCAGUUCUUCUAGCAAGUGGGAGAAUACCUCUAACAUGCAAUGUUUACCAAGUUGCCCAGAGCCGAUAUUAGCACGCCCGCUCUACUUAUACGAUUACGUCCAACCGAUAACACCAGCAGGGACCACAUCUCGUACACGAUGUCGCAGUGGUCAGAUGUACCGAACAACAGACCCGAAAUACUUUGUUAGCGGCUGGCCUACUAUUGAAUGUCAAGCUGAUGGUGGGUGGAGCGAUCCUGAAGUGUCGUGUUGGACAGGCCUUGUUAUGGACUUCACAAUAAAGCAAAGGCAAUUUAUUUCUGGGUAUCAAGUCCUACUUUACUGUAAAGCAAAUAAUGAAGGCAAUGGAGUCAAAGUUGAGUUGGGGAAAGAAUUCUUUAUUGCUGAGAACGUUGUGUUUGAAAACAUCACUAUGACAUCACAACACAAUGGUGUCGUUGCUUCGUGUGUAGAACUCGAACGAUCUGGCAACGUUAUUAAGAAAUCAGAAACCAAAUUGAACGUUCUCUAUUCUCCAGCAUUGAUUUCCAAUAAUUUGAAUUACGAGUUAGAAACCGGUAACUCUGGAGAAAUUGUCAUCAAAUUCCAGGCAAAUCCUGUUAUAUCACAAGGGAGUAUUCAUGUCUUCAAGAACGGUACAAGCUUAUCCAACUACUAUCUGAUGGUUGAUGGCAAUCUCCAUUCCGUUGUUCUUCACUUUGUGAAAGUUGAAGCAGAAGACUUCGGCAAUUACAAACUUAUCGUACAGACUUCGACUUUUGGUCUGUCGCCGUUAACUGCAAAUUUCUCCAUCUCUGAGUCUGUUACAACCUCGCCAAAUGCUUUCAAAGCAGGAGAUAUAGCUGCUAUAACACUCUCGGGUGUGCUCACGAUCGCGCUCAUUACUUUCGCCUUGGCCAUGGCGUAUAGGAAGCUAAAUGGCGAAGAGGAAAGAAAAAGAAAGAGUGUAAAUCCGAAUGAGACUGUGGUCACCUAUGAACCAGAAACACACAACUAUGAAGACAUCGAUGGGAACAGUGGUGAAAAUAAUCUUGAAAGAGCCCACAGCGGUUACGAGAAUAUGCACAUUGGACCGGUCCAACCUAACGCCUAUCACAUGCAAGAUCAGAGAAGCGAACAACGUACCAAACAACUUCCGCUAAAGCCUCCGCCGUAUAAAGUUGAAAACCGUUAUUCGUGAACUUUUGACAUUUGACUUGUGACCUUAUGCGAAGGAAGGAAGACAUUUUUUGGGAGAUGAACUUGAUUGAAUAAAAACGUAGAUUUUUUUGAAGUUUUUGCAGAGAUGUGGUGUCGGAGUCCAUUUGUUUUACUUCCGAAUUCAAAAGUUGUAACAGGGUUGAUUUUACCAAAUAAAUCCGCGGCGUAACUUUUCUUCGACUUGCUUUUCCCGCUUUUCA